CAUGCCGAGGUCGAGGUCAAUGGUCAAGACGCGUAUUCAUCGUUGAAACCCCCCCAAAAGCGAUUCCCUCUGCUUCCAUUGGUCCGAUUUCUCUUCGGCCCGACGGCGGGCGAGCGCUUCUGCUUUCUUUGUUCUUCCCACCGGACGGCGGAUCUCCGUCCUCACCGAAACCCUAGCUCCGAUCUAUCCGCUUCAAUUCUCCGCGUAGAUCUGUAUUGCUAGAAGGGAAAAAGGGGGGGAGAGGCGGUGGAGAUGAAGCAGGAUGGAGGAUUUGUGUCCGAUGAAUUGCUGGGAACGUUUGUGCCGAUAGCGGUGUAUUGGCUGUAUUCGGGUCUGUAUUUGAUGCUCGGAGGAUUGGAUAAUUACAGGCUUCAUUCUAAGAAGGACGAAGACGAGAAGAAUCUGGUCUCCAGGAAGGAUGUCGUCAAGGGCGUCUUCCUUCAACAGGCCGUGCAAGCUGUCGUCUCCGCCAUCCUCUUCGCGGUCACCGGAAGCGACAGCGUAGAUGCUGCAGACCAACCGACAUCACUUUUCGGUCUUGCCCGCCAAUUCAUCACCGCAAUGGCGGUACUUGACACGUGGCAGUACUUCAUGCACAGAUACAUGCAUCAAAACAAGUUUCUCUACAAACACAUACACUCCCAACACCACCGCCUUGUGGUCCCCUAUGCUUUCGGAGCUUUGUACAACCACCCACUGGAGGGUCUGAUUCUCGACACUAUCGGGGGAGCUAUGGCCUUCCUAGCCUCUGGCAUGUCCCCCCGGACCGCAAUCUUCUUCUUCUCCUUCGCCACCAUCAAAACCGUGGAUGACCAUUGUGGACUGUGGUUGCCCGGGAAUCCUUUUCAUCUUUGUUUCAAGAACAACUCUGCGUAUCACGACAUUCAUCACCAGCUUUUCGGGACAAAGUAUAACUUCUCCCAACCCUUCUUUGUGACAUGGGACAGAUUACUCGGGACUUACAUGCCCUACACUCUAGAGCCGAGGGUGGGUGGGGGCUUCGAGGCUAGGCCUACUACUACAACCAAGGAUUGCAAGGAUGAUUGACUGCUUCUGCAUGUUAUCUAUUCCGGAGUAUUACACUUUUUUUUUCAUGUUCCAGAUUUUGUGUACCCAUACAUUUCCCCCCGCUUUUUUCAAUGUUUUUAUGACUGUUAUUAUAUGUACAUAUCAAUAUGUUCUUGCAAAUGUUGUUGUAGAAUGUCUUGCUUUAUCAGAUACAAGUAUUUGUUUGGGAUUAAUAAAGAGUUUUAGUUUAC